AUAAUAUUAGCACCCAGAUUGCUAAUCUUAGCGACCACACAAUUAACAAUGAUUUGACUGCUUCAAAGAUGGCCUGGCGAAAUACCGGUUCUUAAACGUUGAUUUUAGAUUUUUUGGAUAUCUCUGCACGAUCGCCGGGUAAUUGUUGAUGUGAGGUGUGUCGUACGGACGCGAAUUGUAUCUUUUGUGGAAAUUAAGCUGAUUUGAACAACAAUUUUUCGCCUGAGAUCCGGUCAAUUGGUAUCUAAUAAGUGAAUUGCGGACCAUGAAGUCGUUUUUGUUAUUCCUAGCGGUGUCGAUUGCAUUUCAGUCAGUUAUGGCUGAAGUCAACUAUCGUCAAGUAAAGACGCCAGACGGUGGUGCAUAUUAUGGCACAUUCAAUUCUAACGGCGUAAGCGGUGGAUUUGGUGGUGGAUAUAGCUCAGGUGGAUUGAGUGGAGGUUAUGGAGGCUCUUCUGGAGGGGUUCCAUAUGGUGGUGUAUUAUCAAGAGGAUCGUUCGGCGGCGGCUCUUUCCCUUCUGAUUUUGAAAGCUUUAUUACCGGACAGCUCAGUAAUCUGCAGAACAGUUACGCAAGUGGUGUUUCUAUGAUUCGCGCGACUCCAGGUGCAAGUGUUUAUGCUUCCACUAGCCUUACAAAUAACGACAAUUUGUAUCAGGAUCAUUUACGACAGCAGCAAAAAUUCUUCGAUAAACUACAACAACAAGCUCAAUUUGCUGCUUCUAAUCCAGGAGCAAAUUAUGCAGCUUCGAGUGCAUCAUAUGGACCUCAGGGAAUUCAUCAAACCGCAUCAGUGUAUCCAGAAGACCCUAAUUCACCCAACGUAGAUACGAGGUUUGACGCUGACGAUGGUGCAGGAGGUAAGCCCGGUUUCUUCGGAGUAUCUUCAAGUUCGUUCUUUGAAUCAUCAAAUGUUGAUGGUGUGGAGAAACAUCGCAAAGGAGCAGUGACCACAGUGAAUGAUAAUGGCAAAGUCACUACUUACAAAGCUGGAUUUUAAUAAUAUAAAUAAUCACAACUGGUGUUGAUAAACAGCACUUUGUCAUUCACAAAAAAAUUAUCGCUAAGUUGAAGAGUAUUUUAUUAUCCCUUGUUUUCAUUAAGUAUAAUUAAAAUUAAUUAUGACGGAAUGAUUGUAAGUUAUUCUUCGAUAUUAUUUUUUUAACCGAAAAAUAUGGAGCAAAACAAAUGGUUCAAGAAGGAGAAUUAAUGAUUUCCUGUUUAAGUAAAUUUGUUUUAUCAGCAAAAUUUUAGUAAGUUGUUGUGAGCAAAAUGUUUACACGAAAACCAACUGACCUAUGAUCGAGAAGCGAAAUUUAUUUCAAUUUUCAUUUUGCUAAAAUUUAAAAAAAAACUAUUUUUUCCCUUUAGUUUGGGCAGCUACUAACUCUGCUUACAAUGCCGGCAUCAAAAGGAAAAAGGUGCGGAAGUUUGAUAGUGAAUAUGUGAUUAGUGAAUUUUAGAAUAGAAUUAAAUAAAAAAUGUGUAGCGAGGGUUAGAACUA